GGGAAGUGUGUUUAUAAAGAGGAGACUUCUCCAGGCACCGGCGGCAAGAACACCAGUCGCUUCGUCUCGCCUCUCCGCCAGUUGCCACGGAGAUUACCCGUCGCGCCACGCCCUCAUCUGAAACAAACGGCUCGCAGGUUCGUAAGGGAGGAGUAGCAAAGAGAGGAAGGAUUCCAGGAAAGAUUCCGAGACAGACGAGAUCAUGGGGACAACUCACGGCAAGCACACUUUUGUACAGAAUGAGAGGAUUGUGGGAAACCAGCCAGAGGGACAUAUGACAUGGGUCUACACAAAAAAGCACCUCCCAGGUUAUCCACGCUAUGGCACCAUUGAGAUGUUUUUCGAAUUUGAGGACGGGAUACAGACGGAGAAACACCCUAAUCCAGGGGAAAAGUAUUAUGGACAGAACAUUAAAGCUUACCUGCCCGACAACGGACAUGGGAGAAAGGUGGUGACGCAAUUGAAGAAGGCUUUCGACCAGAAGUUGGUGUUCACCGUGGCCACCAACAACAGUGGCGAAGACGCGGUCGCCCUGAGCGACAUCCCCCUCAAAACCCGGGACGACACUUCUGGACCCAGUAGCUUGUGCUACCCGGACACUCUGUACCUGAAGAAAGUAAACCAGAUCCUCAUAUCCAAACACAUUGAAUGAAGUGGCAGAUGGACACCUGUUUAAAACCCUUUGAUGAAUGGACAGCAAAACACGUGGACUAAUUUUUUUUUUUUACAGAAUUUUUUGUAUUUUUAUACACUGCUCUGUUUACCAAUUGAUACAGUUCUCUUCUUUAUUUUUUUUCCCUCUGAAUCUUUGAUAUUUGAUAUGUUUUAGGAUUGACAAAUUUAAAGAUUCGUUAAGACUCAACAAACUGAGGCUGCACAGAAAAAGGCUUGCAUUGGUUUAGCUGUUAGCGGUUAGCCACCGUUAGCGGUUAGCCACUGUUAGCCGUUAGCGGUUAGCUACCGUUAGCGGUUAGCCACUGUUAGCCGGUAGCGGUUAGCUACCGCUAGCUGUUAGCGGUUAGCCACCGUUAGCGGUUAGCCACUGUUAGCCGUUAGCCACUGUUAGCCGGUAGCGGUUAGCUACCGCUAGCUGUUAGCCGGAACACAACUGCCCACAGUUGUCCCACAGGCGUGCAGUCACCUUGUCCACACUGUUUGCCCCGGUGGCAGAUGGCACCACUGACUGGCACUGGCUCACAGUCAUGUAGGCUAGGGCUGGGGAAAGAGGGACACGCCUGUCUCUGAACUAAGUACUGCUUUCUGCACAACUGGUCCGAUCAUUUACACUAACUGACGUUCAUGUGUUAUGUGCAUUAGUAUAUGGCAGGACUAUGACGGCGAUGUUCUCAUGCAAUAAAUACGAAAUGUUUACUGUAAUAUAAUCCAUGUAGGGAAUUAAUGGGUAAUGAAUUAAUGGGUAGGGAAUGCUCAUGAGAGCUCAUUUAGAGAGACAGGUCUGUAGGUUUAAAGUGCUACACUUUCCAAAAGAAAAGAGAUCAGAGAAUUCCAUGUCCAACAACAGUGAAAUCCCAAGUGAGAUUCACACAACAUCAACGACGUGAGAUUCUGUGAUGUUGCAGUCACAGUUUCUGUUCAGCCUCAAUAUGCUUCAGAGACCGACAGCCUACGUUUUGCAUGACAUAGUGGAUUGCCUGAGACAGAACUUCGAAAAGACUUUUGUGACCCAAGUUGUCUUAGUAUUUUCUGUUGACAUAAAUGCUCAUUUUAGUGCACUGUUAACAGCUGUUUGCCGGUUUCCCCUUGUGGUCCAGUUUGGCACUACACCCACAUUUCAUAACUUGUAUUUAUUGCUUUUGUACACAAAUGCGGGCCUAUUUCAUUUUAUGCUUAUAUCUAGUACGCACAUUUGUAAAGCUUUGAAAGGCUUUGACCUAAAAAGGCCAUGAUAGUAAUUUAUAUGGAAACAAAAAAGCUUCAUUACUCUCUUUUUUACAGAAGGCUUCAGCUUAUUUUUGAAUGAAUAAAUAAUGACAAAGUAAAAUC